AUGAACAAGGAGUGUAAUGCUCUCAUUCAACCACAGCUACCUAUAAAAAGAAAAGACCCAGGGAGCUUUCACAUCCCUUGUGCUAUAGGCGAAACAAAGAUUGACAAAGGGCUUUGUGACUUGGGAGCAAGCAUUAAUUUAAUGCCCCUCUCCCUCAUGAAGAAGCUCCAAAUCAAUGAACUAUCUCCUACUGAUGUAAUUAUCAAAUUGGCUGACAAAACUCAAAAACAGGCAAUAGGAGUAGUUGAAAAUGUGCUGGUGAAGGUUGAGAGCUACUAUCUUCCCACAGAUUUUGUUAUUCUGGAGAUGGAAGAAAGUCAUCUCCAUCCAAUCAUCUUAGGGAGGCCAUUCUUAGCCACUACUAGGGCACUUAUAGAUGUGGAACGGGGAGAGCUAAUCUUAAGGAUACAUGAUGAACAACUCACCUUCAAUGUCUUCAAAUCAUUGCAAGAAGCAAGUCAAGAAAACAAAGAAUCAAGAGAAGAGCAUAAUGAAGCACUGAUGCAAGAAACAAGCAGUGAAGCACAAACAACACAAUUGGAAACCCCACUGGUUGGAAAGCCAUGUAUUCAGGAAGAACCACAUUCAAAGGUAUCUCAAGGGGAGUUGAGCCCACCAGAGCAUGCAAAGCUAGUAACAAGGAAUUCCUAG